CCACAAGCUGAAGAAAUAAGUGGAGAGGUGUAUUAAAAAGAAAUAAAGCAAGAGACUGACUUAAAUGAGUGCAAUUUUGGAGGUCUUGUCAGACGAGUUUGUAAAUGUUUGUGUUGCUCGCACUAAUUAAAAGGGUUAUUUCCGGUUGAAUGCCUCACGAAAGACAACUUCCGUUGCAAAGGGGGUCAUUGUUGUAUGAUGAGAGGGACUGAGGGUGUUUCUCUCAAAACAAAUCGACGUCCUCACAUAAUUUGGACUGAAGGUUUAUAUGGAUUGAUAGGAUCAUCUUGGAAGAUAUUCUGGUUGUGAGGACAUGCCAGAUACUAAGGAAAGAGGCUUGGAAGAGACUGGCAAAGCUGUCUGUGACGUCAGGCAACCGUCUGCCACACUGGCGCAAGAGCUGACAGCCCAGCACCAUAGCAAAGAGGCUUUUGAACACACACACUCAUCCCCAUCACACAAGCCACAUCUGCCUGAGGGAGAGGAGGCUAUUAAAUAUGGAGAGCUUGUUGUUGUCGGCUACAAUGGUCACCUUACCAGUGGCGACAAGGGCAGACGAAGGAGCAAGUAUGUCCUCUGGAAACGAUCAAAAGCAAAUGGCGUGAAGCCAUCAAAGCGACAUUUUGUCUCAGACCCCAAAUCCUCAAAGGCUGUUCAAGACAGUGCACAGCAUUCUGUUUCCUACACUCUUUCUCGCAACAGAGCGAUCAUUGUAGAAUACCAGCAAGAUGAGGAUACAGACAUGUUCCAGAUUGGUCGCUCCUCAGAGGGACCAAUAGACUUUGUUGUUAUGGAUACCAUUCCUGGAUGCCAGCGCAGUUCACGUGACAGUGUUACACAAAGUACAAUCUCGCGAUUUGCCUGUCGAAUCCUUGUGGACAGAAAUCCACCAUACACGGCUAGAAUUUUUGCAGCAGGGUUUGAUGCAGCACGCAACAUAUUUCUAGGGGAAAAGGCAGUUAAAUGGUAUUCUGAAGAUGAUAUUGAUGGAUUGACCACAAAUGGGGUGUUUGUAAUGAAGCCAGUGGGUGGUUUUACACCUUCUGCAAAACCUGGUGUUUGGCGGGAAAUUUCUGUAGGAGGAAAUGUUUUUUCUCUACGAGAGUCCAGGCCCUUGCCUAAUAAAAUUCACCAGAUUCCAGAUGAGGACAACAUCCUUCGAGAUGGCACAUUGAUAGACCUGUGUGGUGUCACACUACUGUGGCGGUCAGCACUUGGCCUCAUCACAGCUCCAAGUGAGAUGGAAUUCCAGAGUAUGAUUAAUCAGAUCAACGCUGGGCGGCCACAGUGUCCUGUUGGUCUCAACACUCUGGUGCUGCCUUCCAAAGGCUCUCCCAAUCUUCGAGAAAAACAUCCGUAUGUCUACCUGGCAUGUGGGCAUGUGCAUGGUAAACAUGAGUGGGGACAGAGUGACAGUCAGCACUGUACCUGCCCACUGUGUCUCAAGACUGGUCCCUUUGUGAAGCUGCAGAUGGGAUGUGAACUAAGCUUGUACGUGGAUGCUGAGUACCCAACUUUCUGCUUUAGUCCAUGUGCUCAUGUUGCCUCGGAGAGCACUGUCAAAUACUGGUCACAAGUCCAGGUUCCACAUGGUUCCCAGGGCUUUCAAGUCAUCUGCCCAUUUUGUUCCACACCUCUGUGUUCCACAAUGUACAUCAAACUCAUUUUCCAGGACCACACAGACUGACAUGACCCAUUUGACCUCUAGAGCAGGUCAAGGGUUUAGGAGCAGUUUGUAUGAAUGUUCUCAGCUAUCACUGUCUUUCAGGGGCUUUGGACUGCAAUAAAUGUGGUCGUUACGAGAGAGAUGGUAGAAACUUGCAUGUCAAGAUGAAUAGGCUUGUUAUAAGAGAAAUAAUUUAAGCUGCCAUACUUGUUUAACCCCUAGUCAACUAAACUGUUCGUGGUUUUAAUACACAGGAAGGAUUUGUGAAAGGAAGGCGAUCUGAUGAUUAUUGGUGGAGGGACAAAAUAAGAUGUGCAUAUGUUGAAAAUUCUGAAAGCAAACUUUUUUCAGUUUUCACACACAUUAUAUUUCAAAAAGUAUCUUCAUAUAUUAAACACAUCAGAUUGUUCUUGGAUGCAUUUGGAUGACCUACUUUGUUGCUAAUUGAAAACAAGCAGCUGUGAAGACCCUGACAAAUGAAUGUGAUUUGACUUUGACAUUCUGGGCAUAUCAAUUGAAGUCUUAUUCAUACUCAUUCACAUUUUCUCUUUCAUGAUUUAGUCAUAGAACUUACUUAACCAACCUUGUCUUUAAUUAAGUGGUUUGAUAAUUAGUUUUAUGGUUUGAUACUUUAGAAUGGGGGUGGGAAACAUUUUUUCCUCCAAGGGCCAUUUUGAUAUAUAACAUCAAUUGUGGGCCAUACAAAACUUUUUUAAAAAAUGAGCCUUUCUAUUUGGUCUUCUUGUAGUUUUGCUACAGUCAGGGCUUCUGCUAAGGCUAAAUUCUUUGGGGUCCCAGGGACCCCUUCUUCAGAUUUUUAAGGGGUCCCUGUUCUUCGCCCAAAUUUGAAUGGGACCCCAUUGACGAAAAUUGAAGGGGUCCUCCGAACUUUUAAUGCGUACUGUACGCAAUUUUUUGCGUAAGCAGAAGCCCUGACAGUGUGUUAAUAUUUUUGCAAUGUGUACAAUCCCAACCUGCCUGGCACUACUGUCCUCUUUAGUCACCAAGAAAAUUAUGCUCUGCCACAAUGAAAAGCAUAGGAUAAAACUGUUUGGAGUUUUAUAUGUUUAGAAUUAAAAAGUUUCUAGAGGUUACAGAGAACAUAGUAACAAAACCUUUUUUCCUCAUGCACAGUUUUCUGUUUGUGAUUGUGCAGCAAGAGUACAUUAAUGAUAUUAACAAUAAUGAUAUUAUUUAGUACACACAUACAUCCUCCCAUUCAUCCAUUGGAAAUCCAAGAAAAGAUAAUGUUGGAAACUUGUAGGUCUGAACUGUGCACUAAGGUAUACAGCAAACUCAGUCAUCAUUAUUAUUAUUGUAUGAACCAACACGGUCAAAGAACGCUUUGCAUAUCAGCAGCCAACAGCAAUUUGGAAGUGGUCCACCCUCAGUUUGAAGAGAAGGUCACAUGCAUGCAUAAUUCUCCAGAAUUGUUCAUACAGGCUGCGGGAGCCAAUGAGAAGCAUUCAUGUCUGUCCCGUCAUGCACUUGCAUGUGUCCUAUCGUGUCCCUCAAAAUUUACUUUAUUAUUAUUCACAAUAUACAUUUAUGCUGCUAUGAAAAUAACUAACAUAUUUUACUGAAAUGAGUGAUUGCCUUGGUGGGCGGAUCAAAUGAUUCCAGGGCCCUUGGACAGGAUGUUUCCAUCCCUGCUUUAGAACAUGCUAAUUUUAACAAAUCUUUUUCUAGAAUAUAAGUUUUGCAAUUAAAAAAAAGAAUUUUUUGGGCAUUGUGACAUUUAUAAUAAGCAAUCUGUUUGCUACUACAAGAAAAAGAAAUGUAAAAUAAAAAUAUUCGAAAAUAUUAUUUACAAGGAAUGUGAAGGUAUAUAUAUAUUUAUGCAGUUUUCAUUAUAGUUGCAACCCCUGUGAGCUGCUUUGUGCUAAACUGACAUGCAUUUAUAACAUGCCCUCGUUUUAUUUAAGUACAUUUCAUUUAAACAAGACCUAUACUAGUAAUUGAUAUUCGCAUUGAAAUUAAGAGUCAGAGCAUGAAUAUGAUAGAUUUGAAUACUUUAAUAUUUCCAUAGGACCAGGGAAUCUUCAUUAACAAGAUUUUCACACAGUCUGUUAGUAACAGUUUUCUAAUCGAAAACUAUAUAUAUCAGAAAGAACAAAGUAAUUAAAGUAAAACAAUAGUAUGGAUUGUAAUGAUUUUAAAUAUUAUUAUAUAUUUUAGUGAGUAAAGUGACAGCGAGAAGAUGGGUCAGUGAGCUGACUUCCGGAAGGCUUUCGCCAGCACGCAUCAUAGGCCCUCCUGAAGAGGGAUCUUCCUGUUCAGGCUCUUGUGCUUGUGUUGCAUUUGCGGUUUCUGUAGCAGGGAUUGUUUUACAGAGCAACCCGCUAGUCCCACACCCAACCCUCCUCCUUCAUUCAGGCUUGGGACUGACAAGUUACCCAGGGGGUUUCCAGACGGAGUUAACAGCAUUUGUGUUAUAUGUGCAGAACAUUUUAAAUAAUAGUUAUAUGUUUCAGUAAGCAAAGUGAUAGUAUUUAUGUUAUAUGUGCAGAACAUUGGAAAAUAGGGAGGCUUUUCCUUGGUGUGGCUUUGCAGCUUAAGAGUAUCAAUAAUCUCAACAUCACAACUUUGUCUGAAAAGUUAGUCACUUUGUGGGAUGGGCAUGGAAUGAAGAUUAAGACUUGCACAAGGGUUUCAUUCUCAUUAUGCCAGUCCUGCUCCCAUACCUCUCAUCUCUGUUGACUGUUUAAUAUCGGACUUCUUUUUGGUUCCGACUUCAUUUUGUGAGUUGUUUUGGGGAAUGGGUGUCGAGGGUUCCUUCCUCACCCUUCAGAUGUCUUUACAAAAUGCUAACUCUUAAUGUUUGCCAUAGAGGUUUAUAUAAAUCAGUGUAGAAAAACUUGAUAUUAAGAAUUUUUUUCUCGUGGCUUGAUAAUGUUCACAUAAAUGUACAAGCUUUUAAAAUGAUAUUUUGCAGUUGUAAAAUCAAAAUUUAUAAGCACUGUCUUUUUAUUCUCACAAAACCAAUACAUAUCCUUUUUUCCAGCCUUGUAUUCUGUAGAACAUAACUGAAAUUGGACUGGUAGAGUUAUAUUUGUCACUGAUUCUUCUUUUGAUGGGCUGUUGACAGAAAAUUGUUAAAAAAAACUUUUCACCUUUGCAUUUUGGCAGUACUCAACCUAAUGUUUAUAUUUUGUGUCAUGAACUACACUGUGUACUGUAUUAUUUUGCUGUAGGAUACAAGCAGAAAGGCACAAUUUAAUGAAAUUGUUGAAGGUUUAGCUAAACAGUAAAAAUAGUUGUUACCAAUAGUCUAAACCUGGUUGGCCAUAAUUGUAGUAGAGAUGAUGUGAGCUGACUACGAACUCUUGCUGUGGUGACUAGUGUGAGCAAUUGACUGCAUAUACAGUAUUAAUAUGCUCAGAUAGGUUAUUAUUACAUCUAGUUAUUCCAAAUGAAGUAAUCAUUGAGACAGAUGAGAUUCUGAGAAAUAAAUGCAAAAGAAAUACUGUUAACUACUUCCAGGAGAGGAAAAACAAAUACAGUUGAUAGGUGCUGUUGAGAUUUGAUUCAACUGAUUGAGUGGUCUUCAUAACAAAACUUUCCAGGGUCCUCCUGGUGAAUUGGAGCUAAAUGGAGAUUAUUACUUCAUAUUUACUGAUGUUCUGGGAGCAGGGAUCUUACAGUUCUGAAGGUUGUAUUUUCCUCAUGUUAUAUUUGAAAAUAUCUAAAAGCUACUUCUUAGAAGAAUUUUUUGGGCAAACCAUCACAGUCUGAGACGGGACAAGUGCUGUUUUAAAAAAGCUACUGCUAAGUUUAAAUAUGUAUUGAAAGCUGUAAAUCUAGAAAAGUCUACUAUCUCUAUAAUAAUCUCCAAGCUGCAUAGAUAAAAAGUUGUUGUAUAAGCUAAUGCAAUUGAUGCACUAGCGUUAUUAAUAUUAAAUAACAUCAACUAGAAGUCAACCCCAUUAAUGUCUUUAGCAUUACGAACAUUAGUAACUAAAUGAAUGCACUAGAGUUAUAAACAUUAACUAGAAGUCUUCCCCACGGAUUUCUCCGGCAUUACUAACAUAAGUAACUGAUCGAUGCAUUAUCACCUCUUUUCCCAUUAGUGAACAAGGAUGAAAUGCAUGGUUAUUUCAAGACUGCUGUCUUAAUUGCAUAAGAAAGCAGCAGGAUGCACUGCCUUUAGCACAGGGGAGGGCAAAGUACGGCCCGCAGACAUCUUUGGACCGGCCCGUCUGCCAAAAUGUGAAGUGCACUUGUUUUCAUCUUUUAAUUCAGUCGAGGUUGAUUAGAUUAAUUAGGUUGACAUGUCUGUUGUUAGAGAACAUCGGGGCGGCUGCCUUCAAAAGAAGGGAUGGUUUUAAAAUUUUAUUGAGAGAAUUGAAACAGCUUCACUUUACACAACCAACGGGAUUAGUGAACGUUUUUAUCUAUUAAUUAGUUGUCCAUUCCAUUAUCACUAGGUGGUGUAUAGUCACAUAGCAUGGGUAUUUGCUAUUUUACCGGUCUGCCGCAUAGCUCAGAAUUUUGACACCAGAAGUAAAACUUUGCCCACCCCUGCUUUAGCAGCAAAGAAGACAUCAGCGGAAGAUCAAAGAGAUAAUAGGAAAGGCUAAGCAUUGAAAUGAUGCCAUGUUUAGCUCCCUUUGACCUUUAACCAUUAUUACAAGUAUUACAUAUGUUGGGCAUUGAGAGAGAUUUACUUUGUAAGAGUUAAAGUAAUUGAGCAUUAAUAAAACGUCUCUCAAUGUCACUUUGUGGCAUUUUGUGAUUGUAAUGUUUACGAUUUGAUGAUUCCACAUUGCUUGCUGUCGUUAAAAGAAUGCAUGAAAGGGUUAAAAUGCACAGAAUACUGAUGCUGGUUCACUGGCUUUUUACAGAUGCUUGUCUUCCAUUAUUUUUACCAUCGUAGAACAAGGGCUGAAAUGCAUGGGAAAUGUGAACGACAUAAUAUUUUGUGCAUGGAAUUACUACAUGUUGUCUUCUUGCUUUGCCGAGAUGAACACGAAGAUUAACACAUUUUCUUAUUUGAUGAAUUUCUUGUAAAUUUGGUAUUUUAUAAACAUGUGAUUUAUUUUCCUUAUGCUGAAUCUUUCAAUGAGUGCGAUAUUAUGAUGGCUACAAGGAAUAUAAAGGAUGACAGAACUAUUAAAUUAUCUGAUUCAGUGACUGCUCAAUAGUUUCAGGACUUGAAGCUCAAACCACACAUUUGUAGGCACUCAGUAUGCCAAUGCUUUAUGGAGAACUCAUUUACCUGGUAGUUAUUGCACUUGCUCUUGUAAAAAUCAUUUUCUCAUCUAUGAAGUUUUGUGUGAAGAGCAUUAUUGUUCCAAUUUUGUGUCAUUGUUAGCUUUGAACUUCUCUGCAAAAUGCAUUGUGUUUAAUAUUUCCUAUUUUGUUGAAACUGAAUCAUUUUUCUCCUUCUGCUGACCAAAUUUCCUGCCACUAAUUUUACCUAACACUCCAGCACAAUAGAUAUGUCCUGUCCUAAUGUUCAGAAGUUCCUGGCCUUUUUGUUUUUGUUAUAUGUGUACAGGUUUUUCAUGAAAAAUACCUGUGUGUAUAUAGAAUAUGUUUUCUAAGCCUUAUUAACACAUACCUGCAAUUAUUCAGAGCCAGGCAUAGAUACACUGACACAUACAAAUCAAAGGGGCAUUAUUAGAUAUGGGCACAUUAUUUUCCUUUUGCAUUUUUAAAUUUUAUAAAAUUGUUACUGGCAUUAGAGGGCACAAUAUUGUUCACUGAAUAUGUGGGUUUAUGCUGUUUUUAAUUUUGUUGAAAUAAGAUUUGGGUUUGGGUCAUUUAUGGCUUAAAAUGAUUGAUGGAGUAGUUCUUCUAUCAGGCAACACUUUUCAGAAGACAUUUGAAAUCAUUUUUGUGGUUCUGACGUUUACACCUUUAUUUUACCAAUGAAUACAGAUUAGCAGUACGUUGUAUUGAAGCAUGAUUUGUGUGACGUGUUACUCAACAACUGGGUUGAUGAAAUAACCACAUUGUCUUUCAUAAUGAUGGCAGAAAGUUAAGACCAAACAGAUAAAGUGAAAUGCAACCACAUGUCAGAGUUUAUUAAAAGAAUUCAAGGCACUUAAGCAAAAAUCAGAAUUUAUCUAAUUAUUAUCAUACAGAAGAAUGUCAGCUUGUAUCAUCUGCUCUGCUUUGGGCUGGCUACAAACACAGAAAUCUAUGAAGUCUUUAAAAGAAAAGUUGAUUCAUGCAUCAUCCAUCUUAAAAAGUCAUAAUUACAGUAACAUAACAAUGGACAAUUAUUGACAGAUUCAUCAAAAGGAAUCAUUUGGCCCAAAUAACAGAUUGCUAGCAUAUAGACUGAUGUACAUUUUAAGAGUAGCUGUCUGUAGAAGAAAGGAGAUUUAGCAAGCUUACAAACAGGUUGCAGGUAAAGAAAAUAUUUUUCCAAACAUUAUCAGCUCUCUGUAACUCUCUGGAAUUGAUCAUGUGAUUGACAGCUGGAAUAACACAUUUCAGCAUGCAUUAGGUUUUUUAAAUGUCUGCCACCACCAUACAGUAUUACACACUUGCCUGCUGGCCAGGUCAUGCAGUUCUAGUGACAAGGUUUAGAAUGGUGAAAGGAUCAGUGAAAAACAGGUUGUUAUAAUGUUAGGAAGAUCAAAGUUAGUUGGCGGUUGGUACCAAGCGGUUUGUGCAUGUCUGUAGGGCUGCUUUAGAAACCAUGUUAUAGUCAUUUCUUUUGGCACCUGUACAUGCUGCUCUUACAGACAUAUUAGUGGAAUUUGUAAGUGUAUUAUUGAUAUUGUUUAGGGCACAAACAUAGAAAAGCUUAUGUCAUGAAGGCCCAUGAAGGAAACAGUCAACAAUAUGGAGCGUGUGUAAAUGUUUAAUAGCUAGUACAAUUUUACGGUACUGAUACAAAUGUUACUGCUGCAAAUGUCACAAAGGGAAUCUAAAUUGGUCAAAGUGUAGAGCAUUUUCACCUGAUAUCAUUUGUUUUCUUGUUUUCAUAAACAAAUCUAUGAGAAACUGAGGAUUUGUUCCUAUUUUUACUGUGCUUUCGAACUCCGGGGAGGGAUACCAUAAUAUGCUUGUUAUCAAACAGCGAAGGUCACGGCAUGUAGGUUCACAUCUUGGUCUGCCCUACAUUUUUUCAUAUAGCAUGUAUUUACAGGACUUACUAGCCUGCCAUGGUGUAGCCUUAUUAGCUGACUAGGCACACCGGCAGCCAAGUUCUUUGUAUUCACAUUCCUUUUAAACAAGUUCUGUUGGAAACUGAAAUGUGAAAUUAUUUUGUUUAAGAGAAUUGCAGUAGUUUAAUGUUAACAGUUUUUUUUAUAUAUGAAUAUACUUUCUCUGUACAUCUUGACAUCUACCUGACAGUAUGUCUUAUCAGUUUCAAAAUAUGAAGUUUUUCUUUUUAUUUUUGCUCUUCUCUUCAUUUACUUCCACUUAUGACCUGCAUGGUAAAAUGUACUUUGUUUAAAUGUUGAAGCCUCUCCCUGUUGUCUGUGCUUACUCUUCAUUGUGCCUUCUUGUGCCAAGCUACAGGACACAUUUCAUUAACUCAACAGUUAAUAGUGUGCGCUUCAUAUCCUUGCCCGGCUACUAGGUCACUUUCACUUAACAGAUCUAUCUUUGCAGUGACUACUGUGUACCAAGAAUAUGGAAAGCCUAAUUUAUAGAUUUGGAGGAAUAUUCUUGCCAAGUUUACUUUUGUAUUUCUGAUUAUCACUGACUGUAAAUACUUUCAGGCCAUAGAGGGUUCACCAUCUGACCUUUUGGCGGGAGGAGAAGGAGUUUGGAUGUUGAUGGACCUUUUGUUUUGUUGUAUAGUUAUCGCGCAUUUUAUUUGAAACUUAGAAGAGUGAUAUUUAUUGGGCCAGAGGAGAAAAUGGUGUGACUCAGCACUUACUAUACCCUUUAUUACAGAUUUGACUUUAACCAAUCUUCUACACUGCCAGACUUACAGCUUUGUGUACCCAUCCUCUCCCUAGCCUCCACACAGCCACAAAAGCAGAGUUUUAUCCUGUUGUGAAAUGAGAUUUCAUUUUUGUGUGUGUGAUUAAGUGGUCUCAGCUGCAUUUUGCUAUUUUUUUUGGAAGCAGUCACUGAUCACUGUUCACUGUUCUGAGACAUUCCACUUGUUGUUGUGACUGCUUGUGUGUGCAGACUGUGUGAUUGAAAAUGACAUGUCAUUGCUGUACAUACCCAUGCUAAUUGUGUUAACAUAAGCAACGAAUGAUCUGACUGGGGGAUGGAACAGUGCAACUGAAAAUGGAAAGAAAACAAGUAACUUUGCAUCACGGACUGUGGAAUACCAACUGAAUGGUAAAUUAGGAAAGGGGCAGCUGCAGUGUGUUGGGCUUAGAGUUCUGAUGGAGUGGGUCACUCACCAUCACAGUUAAGCAUCUUUGACCUUUCAAGACCAACCUGAGCUGUUUGCGUGUUUAGCAGAGAUCAGUGGAUACAGGCGAUAUAAACCUCACCUGUAAAUGUCAGCCUUCAAAACCCAUCUGUUAGUUAAUUAUCCGCUAGCAAAGUACACGAUGAGCACCUGCCAUCAACGACCACCUCUAACGGUGUAUUACGUCACGCCAACAGUGCACUACGUCAUGUUGGUACACCAUUCACAACAUUGCCAGGGUUAACACCAGUCACAGCGACAGUUCACAUGUAAAGUUCCAUGUCUCGUGCUACAGUAACAGUUUGUCACAACCACGAGACUGUCAGCGUCCGAAUAAUCGCACCUGUCACUCAUUCUGUCUCUCUCUCUCUCUCUGGUGUUGACUGCUGGCAAUGUUGUGAAUGGUGCACCAACGUGACGUAGUACACUGUUAUCAGCGCUUGUUGAUUGCAGGUGUAAUCGUAGCGGAUAAUUGAUGUAUGAGUUUUGGAGGCUGACAUUUACAGGUUAGUUUUUUUAUCGCCUGUUCUACUGAUAUCUGAAAAAAAAUGCAAACCGUUCAGGUUGGGCUUUAAUAAUCCAUAUGAUUAAAAAUAAACUUGUGCUGGACCAUUAAAAAACUCAAAGCAGGGUAUCCAAAGAAAACGCUUUACAAAGGAGGACCUAAAACUUGACUGUCAGAAUUAAGGAAAUUGCUUUAGUAUUGAACAGAAAAUCGAGAACUUUAAAAAAAUAGGGGUACUGUGCUUUCUCCUUUGGAGAGUGCCUUUUUCCCACCCUAAUUCUAGUUUUAACUGCUUGCUUCCACCACAUGUCAUGAGAUAAUAGUAAACAGUAACAGGCUAUGUCUAGAGAAAAACGGGAAGAGAAGGCCAAAAGGUUGAAUACAUACUUUGGCUCAUUGAAGAGGGCAGAAAUGUUGCUUAUUUCCUGAUGGCAUCAGCUGUAAGGCUGUCACAACAGCAAGAUGAUACCACCAACUUCUUUUCCUACCUGUGCUUGAAUGUGGUGGCAGCAGUCUUACACCUUGCCUCGGUAUGUCUCAGAUGCUGCAUCUUGUGCUUCUCUGCCCGUAACUACCUGUUUCAUAUGCAAAAUGAUGUACCUGAAAUAGGUGUGCCAGGUAGCAUCAGGCAGUUAAUAUUAGACGAUGUUUGCUUUUUUUUCUUUGUAGAUAGCUGUUGCCUCUGAUAUGAUGCGGGUUUUAAAGUUCUGACAUGUUCUGCUGUACGUCUGGACUAAGUCCAUGCAGGUUGAAUUUAAUGUAAAUUGAUGGACUUCUAUGAUGUUUGGAUUGCAUCGUGUGUUUCAUUUUUACUACAUUAUUAUCCUUUGUUAUUUUGAUUUUAGCAAAGGAAACAGGACUUCUUUGUCAUCUUUAGUUAGUGCCAGUUGCUAUGUUUAUUUUAAACCUGCAAAUAAACUGAUUUGUGAAUA